AUGAAGGUGGAGGAAGAGCUGAGGAGCGGCGGCGGUGGAGCGGGGACCGGUGCUCGGGGCAGCAACGACUGCUGCAUCACCAGACUGCUGAGCGUCGUGGAGAGCGAGUUACAGGCCGGCCGAGAGAAGGGAGACCCCACUGAGAAACAGCUCAAAGUCACCCUGGAAGAUUCCGAACUCUGGAGGAAAUUCAAAGAAGUGACCAAUGAGAUGAUUGUGACCAAGAACGGCAGGAGGAUGUUUCCCGUUCUGAAAGUCAGCGUGACGGGUCUGGAUCCCAACGCCAUGUAUUCGUUCCUGCUGGACUUCAGCCCUGCAGACGAUCACCGCUGGAAGUAUGUGAACGGCGAGUGGGUCCCUGCGGGCAAACCUGAGCCUCACAGUCACAGCUGCGUCUACAUCCACCCCGACUCGCCCAACUUCGGUGCCCACUGGAUGAAGGCCCCGGUGUCCUUCAACAAAGUCAAACUGACCAACAAACUCAACGGAGGCGGUCAGAUCAUGCUGAAUUCUCUCCAUAAGUACGAGCCUCAGAUUCAUAUUGUUCGUGUAGGAGACAGCCACAGGAUGGUGACCAACACCUCUUUCACAGACACUCAGUUCAUCGCUGUAACGGCUUACCAGAAUGAAGAGAUAACUGCACUGAAGAUAAAGCACAAUCCGUUUGCCAAAGCUUUCCUUGAUGCAAAGGAAAGGAGCCAUCCUAAGAAUCAUCUCGAGCUGCCAGCUGAAAACCAGCAUAUGGGCAUACCACACUGCGGAUGGUUCAUAUCAAAUCCAGACACUCUGUGUUCUGCUAGUGGUGGUAACUUUCCGUACCCAGGAGGUUUACCACUUACUCCCCACCAUGGGUACAAACACUACCCAGGCCUGCAUGGGCACCGAGCAGCCCCGUACCCAUCGCCCUACCUGCCCCGCCAUCAACACCACCGUGGCCAUAACUCAGUGUCUCUAUCUGAGAAUCUGAGUCCAGGUGCUGUGCAGAUGUUCUCUGGUCACGAGGGAUGGACAGGUGUGUCUCCUUCUGGUCCUGCUGCGAUGCUGUCUAUGCAACCUGCUCCAAGCUCUCCUGGAGUCAGCAGUCAGUAUCCAUGCCUGUGGACUGUGAGCAGCUGCACUGUAUCAUCCAGUCCUCCGGGGGGCAUUGUGAGUGCCACACACAGCCAGGAGGAGCCCGCAGAUGGAGUCUCCACCUCAACAUCACCCUGCUCUUUGCUGCAGGGCCACGGACCAACCAGCUCUGAGGGUGAUGUAGAUCAAGCCAAUCACAGUAGGGUAGGCGGGGUGAGCUGGCCUUCUGUCUCCACCCACUCAUUUUGA